AGAAACAUGAAAAUUAACAACCCCUUUUCUUCAAUUCUUCUAAUUUCAUUUUUUUCAAUUUUUUUCACAAAAUCUAUAGCUGAUGUUAUGUUUUUAAAUGUUAUAAACUUUGGUGCAAAAUCAGAUAGCAAAACAGACUCAUCAUAUGCAUUUUCAUCUGCUUGGGACUUAGCUUGUAACUCUUCAAAAUCAUCAACAAUUUAUGUACCAAAAGGGAAUUUUUUAGUUAAACAAGUAUAUUUUAAAGGAAAAUGCAACAACAAUGCCAUAAUUUUUCGUAUCGAUGGCACAAUCGUAGCGCCUUUCGAUUAUAAUGUGAUUGGAAAUGAAAAAAAUUGGAUUUUAUUUCAAGGUGUUGAUGGUGUUUCAAUUCUUGGUGGUAAUCUUGAUGGACAAGGAUCUGGUUUAUGGACUUGCAAAAGUUCUAGCAAGAACUGCCCCAGAGGAGCUACGACUCUGGGAUUUUCUAACUCUAACAAUGUAUCGAUAACGGGGCUAACUUUAUUGAACAGCCAAAUGUUUCAUAUUGUCAUCAAUGGUUGCAAAAAUGUGAAAUUGCAAGGUGUUAAGGUUUAUGCCCCGGGGGAAAGCCCGAAUACUGAUGGAAUUCAUGUUCAAUUAUCGUCUGAUAUCUCAAUCUUGAACACGAUAAUCAGUACUGGAGAUGAUUGCGUAUCCAUUGGUCCAGGAACUACUAAUUUGUGGAUCCAAAAUGUCGCGUGUGGCCCUGGCCAUGGAAUCAGCAUUGGAAGUUUAGCAAAGGAUUUUGAAGAAGCAGGGGUGCAAAAUGUGACAGUAAAAUCAGUUAUGUUUAUGAACACACAAAAUGGUGUGAGGAUCAAAACAUGGGGCAGACCAAGUACUGGAUUUGUCAACAAUGUACUUUUCCAGCACGUUACGAUGAUUGAUGUACAAAAUCCAAUUGUUAUCGAUCAAAAUUACUGUCCGUACAACAAAAAUUGUCCAGGACAAGUCUCGGGUGUGAAAGUAAGUGAUGUUACAUAUCAAGACAUACAUGGAAGCUCAGCAACACGAGUCGCGAUGAAAUUUGAUUGCAGUAAGAGAAAUCCAUGUAAAGGAAUAAAAUUGGAAGAUGUUAAUCUGAGUUAUAAGAAUGAACCAGCUGCUGAAGCUUCAUGUGCUAAUGUUGCAGGAACAACUACUGGUGUAAUUCAACCUACUAGUUGUUUGUAAGGGAAAAUUCGAUAAAAAAUAGUUCAUAUUUUUUCGUAUAUUUAGCUUAGCUUUGUCAUUUUCACCUUUCAAAUUAGAAAAGUUUACUUGAGUCUAUAGCGCGAUUUGAAAGUGAAAUUGUUGUCUCACUAUUCAUUUUAAUAGAAUGUCU